AUGCAGGUGCCCACCAUCAGCCUGCAGAGCUUCUUCGAGGCUGAAGCCGACUGCUCUGACUUGGAGGAGCUCAGCAGCAACCUGCGAGUCUUGGACCUCGCAAGCCAGCUGCGUGCUGCCUGUGAAGAGGUUGGCUUCUUCGUCGUGACGGAACAUGGCGUGAGCAAAGAUUUGAUGGAAGGCUUCCGCCAGGAAUGCACAGCCUUCUUCCGCCGCAGCCCGCAAUCGAAUGUGCUGAACAUGGUGUGCGGAGCGGACAGCCGUUUCGUUUGGCUGGACUAUGUCCCUGCCGAGACUGAGAAGGUCGUGGGCGGUUCCAAAGAUGGCAGCUUCUCGUUGGGCCCUGUGCAGGGACGAGGCAGUCUGCCUUGGCAGUUGGACAGCAAAGAGCUGUCAGAUACAUGGGCAAUGUACUAUGCAGCAAUGGAAGACUUGGUCGCCACCCUUAUGAAGCUGUUUGCCCUGGCCAUGCAGCUCCCAAUGGACACCUUCGCGACUGCCUUGGACGAGCAUCGAUCAUCGAUGCGAGCCAUUCUCUAUCCCAGCGUUUCUGAGGAGGAUUUGCAGGCUGCAGGAGGCACCGUCGUCAGAUCGCCAGAGCAUACGGACUGGGGAUGUGUCACGGUUCUGCUGGCAGAUCCAGCUGUAAGCGGCCUGGAGGUCUGUGACAAGGCAGGCCACUGGACACUUCUGCGCGCGGCAGAAGGAGACUUAGUUGUGAACUUGGGUGAGUUGUUGCAGUGGUGGACAGGUGGCACAUGGUUGGCGACACCUCACAGGGUCGUCGCAAGGCCAGAAAGUUCCGGAGAUCGCCUUUCCUGCCCGUAUUUUGGACUGGUGAAUCGCGGGACUCUUCUUCAGCCUUUGAUACCCGACUCGGCAGGUGCGAACCCCACAACGCCUGUGACAGCGGGGGACUUUUUCCAGUCCCACGAGAAGUACACGAGGCCUUGGCAAGAGCGAUGGGCCACUCUUGAGCCGCUGCCAGCAAAAGACAUGUUUGGGAUGCAAGUGCUCUCUGCGGAAACAUUCUGCUGA